CAUUUGUGUUGGAGUGGGUCAGGGGUCCUUUUACAUUAUGAGGUCGUUCUGAUUGAGGUUAGUCAAGGCAAGUUGUUGUUCUGAGAACCAAUGAAAGUGGUAGAAACACUUCUUGUCCAGUCUUUUGCAAAGACAAGUAACAGUGAUAAUUUUCACACUUUAGAAUAAAACUUCGACACAUAUUUUUCAUUAGUUGAGCAGAACUUUCUUGGAUUUUGGUGUUAAGAAAAGGUGUAAACUAGAAAAGUGGAACACUUGAACAGUACAAUUUUGAAAAGCUACUAUUUAAAUUCCAGAGAAUAAUGUCAACAGAAGAACCUGUUGUAAAUCAUGUUGAGUUGUGCGUUGAAGAUAUAAACUAUACUAUAUCUAUUUUGAAAAAAUUUGGAUUUAGAGUAUUUGCAAAACGGGAAACCGUCAAAUGUAAGCAGGUUGCACUAAGACUGGGUAAAGGCAUCAUAUUCAUUGUCAAUAAACGAGUGUAUCACGGAAAAAUAGUAGGGAGUGAAUGUGAUUCAUCUAACAGUUUUCCAGUUUUCGUUUGCUGCGGGGAUAGCAAACGGCACACUAUUGAUUCAGUUUUUAAUGUGUCGUUUAAUGUCAGAAAUGUGUAUAAUUUGACUAAAAAGAUUGCGUCGGAAAUAGGAUCAGUGAUUCUAAAACCAAGAACAGUUACUGAUGAAUACGGAUCUGUUACAUUCUCAUGUGUUCGGUCAUGUGUAGGGAAUGUGAUUCACACUUUAGUAAACAAAACGGACUAUAAGGGUCCGUUUCUGCCUGGAUUUAAAAUUGUAGAAGAUGAAGAAUUUUCUUGUGACGAUUCGGGAUUACAACUCGAAGAAAUCAUGACGCAUGUGGAUCAUGUAACCAUUGCCGUGACUAAAGGAGAUUCUGAAAGAGUUCUAAAAUUUUAUGAAACCUGUUUUGGAAUGAAAAAAUUCAACAUCAGCCGGGAUAAUGAAUCUGAUGAUGGUCUGAUUUUAGCUGAUUCUAUAGGUAUUAAGCUUAAAGCUAUGGAAUACUAUCGGUGCGCCGAGACAGGACUCAUUUAUCCACCAUCGUGCCAAAACCGAGAACGAAAUUCAAACAGUCUGAUGCUAGUCGUUGUUGAAAGCCUUCCAGGGCAAGCUGAUUGUAACAUUGAAACUUUCCUUCGUGAACACCAGCAAGGGGGGAUCGAACAUGUCGCCCUCAGUACGACAAACAUAUAUAGAGCAGUUUCAUUAAUGACAGUAAAAGGAUGCAGUUUUCGGAAACCUCCAAGAGCCUAUUACAGCGAACUGAGAAAAAUGAAAGAAAUAAAUGAAGAAGAAGACAUAGCGUCUCUGGAAAAACUGGGUAUUUUGUUGGACAACGAAUCCGAGAAUUUGCCAGAAAAAAGUAAUUGCCCUAAGUACUUGAUGCAAAUAUUUGCGCACCCUAUAUUUUUGCCAGCCAAAACCUUUUUCAUCGAAAUUAUUCACAGGCGCAACCAAGCUCGAGGUCUUGGUCAAGGAAAUAUUAUCGCAUUAGUACGUUCGAUACGAGAAGAAGAAAAAAGAAAGUUGGCUGAGUCAUCAAAGAAACAAGAUAUUGAAGAGGAAACAAGUCGAGUUUGUUGAUACCUUCACGGAAUGUUAAUUAUGCUAAAAAUGUGAUUAUAGUUGUCUCUGAGAGUUAAGACUUUUGGUUAAAAAUAAUUAUAGAAGUAAUAGUAGCUAAAAAUGAAGCUAGUAUAAUUAUUGUAAUGUUAAGAAAUAUUGAAAAAUGCAUGAUUUGAGAAUUUCAGUUGAGUCCUCUUGCUAAAGAUUUUAUUUAUCAUUUUUUAUGGUGUCAUUUAAAUUGUGCAAUUUGUAAUAUAAAGCGAAUGAAAUUAAUAUGUUUGAUUUUAUUCUAGUAUAUAAAUUACUGCUUUAUAUUUUUUGAGAAGGAUUUGUAAAAAUAACUAAAAUGGAAUUGCUUUUAAAAAGUUUUCGAUUUGCAUUAAGCAAAGAGUUAAUAAAAUGCUGCCUCCUUUAAAAAAAUAUAGAAACAAUAUUUUGUUUGUUUUUAUUAUAGUUUUUUUUAAUUUAUUCUAUUCUAUUAAAACAUAGAAAUUGAACGAUUUGAAUGCUGAAUGGGUUUGUAAACUUAAUUUAGUUGUACUAACCUUGUUUAAAUUACCUUUUAUUACCUUUGUAUCAUUUUAAUAAUCCACAUCUUACCUUAUCCUCUGUCAAAGAAGAAAAUAUUUUUUUACUUAAAAGGUAUCAUGAUAAAAUUCAUUAUUCAUCUAACUUGUGGUGUUUAUAUAUGAAUAAUUUUCCCUUGAAUUGUUAGAAGAUAAUUAUUUUUACCAUAAUUUUAUUCAUAAUUGCUUUAAUUUUAAUGAAUAUUGUGUGGCUUAUGUUUAUUGUUAUCGUUUUUUGUUACAUUCAUCAUUUCUUUUUAUAGCUCAAAACUAUUGUAAUAAUGAAAUAAUUAUAAAAAUUUCAAUAGAAUGUUAUGUUAUUCAUUACUUUCAUACAUAUAGCAAUAAAAAAAAAUCGAAAUAAA